ACACCCUCCCGCUAGUCCCUCCUUCCCGACGACCCUCCCGCGCGCGUCCCCACGGUUAUCUCCGAGCGAGAACCCGGAGCAGCUAGCGUGGGGUGGGGUGGGGGUGGGGGGCGGGAAGGGGUCGCGUGUCAAGACAAAAGGGGCGCCGGGAAAUAGCCCGCGAUGGCCACCCGGAGCCUGGGGGGCCUGGGCGGGAGCCGCGCCGGGGGCGGGGGCGGCAGCAAGAAGAACCUGAGCGCCCGAAAUGCGGCGGUGGAGAGGAGGAACCUGAUCACCGUGUGCAGAUUUUCUGUGAAGACCCUGAUUGAUCGGUCUUGCUUUGAGACAAUUGAUGAUUCUUCUCCUGAAUUUAAUAAUUUUGCAGCUAUUUUGGAACAGAUUUUAAGUCACCGGCUAAAAGGUCAAGUAACCUGGUUUGGUUAUGAAAGUCCUCGUAGCUUCUGGGAUUAUAUCCGAGUGGCUUGCCGGAAGGUCUCACAGAAUUGUAUCUGCAGCAUUGAGAAUAUGGAAAAUGUCAAUUCCUCUAGAGCUAAGGGUAGAGCCUGGAUCAGAGUAGCACUCAUGGAGAAACAUUUAUCUGAAUACAUCUCUACAGCUCUUAGAGACUUCAAGACAACCAGGAGAUUUUAUGAAGAUGGAGCAAUUGUUUUAGGUGAUGAGGCAAAUAUGCUUGCUGGAAUGCUGCUUGGGCUCAAUGCUAUUGAUUUCAGCUUCUGCCUGAAGGGUGAGGGAUUGGAUGGCAGCUUUCCUGCUGUAAUAGACUACACACCAUAUCUGAAGUUUACCCAAAGUUCUGACAGCAUCAGCAGUGAUGAGGAGGAGCUGAGGACCUUGGGAAGCAGUGGCAGUGAAAGCAGCACUCCGGAGAAUGUCGGGCCUCCUUUCCUCAUGGAUGAGAAUAGUUGGUUCAACAAGUGUAAGAGAGUUAAGCAAAAGUAUCAACUAACCUUAGAACAAAAGGGUUAUCUUGAAGAACUCCUACGACUUCGAGAGAACCAGUUGUCUGAAUCUGUCUCCCAGAACAAAAUACUGCUUCAAAGGAUUGAAGAUUCUGAUUUGGCCCAUAAAUUGGAAAAAGAACAAUUAGAGUAUAUAAUUGUGGAACUUCAAGAUCAGCUGACUGUGCUAAAGAAUAAUGAUUUAAGAUCAAGACAAGAGUUAACUGCCCACCUCACCAACCAGUGGCCUUCCCCAGGAGCUCUGGAUGUCAAUGCUGUUGCCUUGGAUACGUUGCUUUACCGAAAACACAAUAAACAGUGGUAUGAAAAAAGUUAUCAUAGUCUUGACCAGUUAUCAGCUGAAGUUAGCCUUUCUCAGACUUCACUGGAUCCAGGUCAUUCACAAGAAGGAGAUGGAAAGCAUGAUGCAUUACAUUUAAUUAGUGAAGGUAAAGAAGAUACCCCCUCACUACUUGGGCUCUGUGGCUCUCUAACGUCAGUGGCAAGUUACAAAUCUCUAACAAGCCUAAAAUCCAAUGACUGCCUUGCAAGUCCUACUACAGAUAUGACAAGUCCAGGCCUAACUCCAUCCUGAAACAUCUUAUGUAAAAACCAAAAGUUUGUAUGUUGCAAAUGUUCUCUUCACUUACGUCUGACUGCUGGGAAAACUUUUGGAAUUUUCUAUUGUUCUGGCCUAUUCUAGAAUUCAAAUGCUUAUUAGAGAAUUCCAUCUACUCCAUGUAAAUUUCUGAAUGAUAAGAAAUUGAUCCUGCCAUUUUUCAUUUUAAAAUUCUUUUGUCACUGUGGAAGUUUAAAAAAAUGGAUCAACUUUUGAAAAACUUUUCCAAGAUCCUCUAAUUUAAUAAAUCACUAUGAGCCCUAUGUUGCAAUUAUUCAGUAGGUUUUCAUAUAUUUAAAUAUGAUCCCAGUCUUAGUUGAAAGUUUUAUUCCAGAGAUGAAAGCAAAGUAUUUUUGCUUUUAUUCAUGAAAAAAGCUAAAAUUACUUAUUUUACUUUGCAUUAAUUUUUCCUAGGUUCUAGCAUUUGAUGCCUCACUUUUACUAUGAUAAGGUUCUCAGCUGCAGUUUCUUGCUGGCUUAUUCAGUUUUUCUUUAAUGGUUAUCAUUAAGUAUCAAGUUAACAUCACACUGAAUAUUUUAUAAAUUUUGUAGAAUGUGCCUUUGGGCAGCUAAGAAACUUGUUAGAAUCAUAGGGAAAGUGUUUUACAAGAUUUUAGGCCACUUAGGUUCUAAUAAAUGUUUGAUUAUCCCCCUAGAUUUCUUUAAAAGUAUAUUUUAAAAUCUGAUCAAAUAUGCUUCAAAAGUUGGAGACAUGUAAAAUGUAGGCUAGAUGUUGAAAGAUAUUUUAUCAGGAGAGAUUUCAAAUUCAGUUCAGGGUUUGCAAUGUUUUUAAUAAGGAUCAGCAGGAUAAUCACUCAUACUGAAUGUCCGACCGCAGAGCUGUUCUUUUCUCCUUGUGCACAGUGAAUCGGUCAUAUGUGUUUACAGGUUCUAUCAUUGGUCGUGCCACAAUCCCAUUUUAAAAUUGAUAUGGAUGUUAAAAACAUUACAUUUCUACAGGUUAAAAAUUUUUUUUUCUAAAAAAAACAAAAAAAAAGCUAUGAGCCGUAUUUUAAAUCUUUUUGCAACAUUUGAAAUAAGUAUAUCUUUUGUCCCCCAAAAUUCCACCAUAUUGAAAGAGAAAAUGAGUAUGAAGUAUAUUUUCUAUUGUAAUAUGAGGAAAACAUGAUCAGUUGUGCCAAAGAAGUUUUAUAUAUUGUUUACAUGAAGAAGCUACCAUACUUACUGGGGACUUCAUAUGCUAUUUUUUUUUAAUUAUAAAAACAUAUACUCAAUUAGUAGCUUUGACAUUUGGUAGACAUGGAAAAACUGUUUCUUCUAAAACAAUUUAUUUUCUUGAGAGGAGGCAAGAAGAGCUAAACUUACCACAUUCAUUCUUCGUAUUAGAAGUGGAGGACUGUGGUGGUUCUCUGCAACAUUUAAAGCUUUACUCUCAAAAUUGGAAUUUAAGAUAAUAGUAACAAGACUAGUCUUCUAAGAUGACAAUUCAACAGCAUAAUUUCAGGGACAAAGGAGACCUGGAAGCCCUUAAAAUAGGUUAUCUUAGAUAAAUCAGAACAUACUCAAGAGCUUUAUUUCUUUAGCUUAAGGCUUUAGCUUUAGUACUUGUAGAAAUGCAAAUAUUCUUGAACAAUGUACCUACAGUCUACUUUCAAUUUUUUUAUACUUCACUGUGAAUGAAGCAUCCAAAGCAUUUUUUAAAGAGCACAGUGAAUGAGAGGAAGGUGUAAAAUGAGGCUGAAGAAACCUCAUUUCUUUAAGGAGGAGGGUGGAAAGUAGGAAAUGGUUUAGGAGAACUUCAGAAAUUAUAGGCUAGCCUUAAAUACUCUUGCUCCUUUCCUAUGAACUAUCAGGAUGUUUAAAUGCUUUGUCAUUCACAGGCCAUUCUCAACUAGCAUUAUCCUUUAGUAAUCAAAAUCACACUUAAAUUUUUCCAUACAUUUUUAUAAUAUAGAAGAUGUUCAAGGCUCCAUAAUUGAGAACAUUUUUCAGAUUUGUCUACGUAGUCAUUUGUGCAUAUUAAUAUGCUGCUAAAUGCAGAUUUAAAUAUGACAUCUGAGGAUCAUGACUUUUCCUCCUUUCUUGGGAGCUCUUGGUAAAAGAUUCUGCUAAUGUGAAUUCAGGUUUCUACACUGUUCAUUAUACACACGUUAGAAGAGAGUUUGUUAACAUUUGCAUGAAGAAACAACGAUGUCUCAAUCUUUAGUUUAAGGUGGAAGUAGUUGUUCACGUACCCUCCCCAAAGUAGAAUGCUGAGUUAAAAGCUAAUGUUUCCAUGUGUAUUUUGUUCCUUGAUGUACUAUACUUGUUGCAUGUAUAUUAAACAUUUUUUUUACCAUGCA